AUGCAGCUUCGCCUCGCCACCGUCCUCUCGACCCUCGCGGCCGUCGCUGUCGUCUCGGCCGCCCCCAGCCCCGCCCCUCAGGGUGAGGCCGCCGGCGACCUUGGCCUCAUGCCCAACCGCAACUACGACUGGAAGCGCGAUGCUCCCGAGGCCGCGGGUGACCUCGGCCUCAUGCCCAACCGCAACUACGACUGGAAGCGCGAUGCGCCCGAGGCUGCUGGUGACCUUGGUCUGAUGCCCAACCGCAACUACGCCUGGAAGCGUGAUGCUCCCGAGGCCGCUGGUGACCUUGGCCUCAUGCCCAACCGCAACUACGCCUGGAAGCGCGAUGCUCCCGAGGCCGCUGGUGACCUUGGCCUCAUGCCUAACCGCAACUACGCCUGGAAGAAGCGUGAUGAGGCCCCCGAGGCUGCUGGUGACCUUGGCAUGUACCCCAACCGCAACUACGCCUGGAAGAAGCGUGAUGAGGCCCCCGAGGCCGCCGGGGACCUUGGCCUGUACCCCAACCGCAAUUACGCCUGGAAGAAGCGCGACGAGGCCCCCGAGGCCGCCGGUGACCUUGGCCUGUACCCCAACCGCAACUACGCCUGGAAGCGCGAGUACAAGGCCGAGAAGGCUGCCCAGGCCUGA